ACUCCACUCUUGCGGAGCAUGGGCCCAAAAUAUAGAUAACGCCGUUACGCCGGGUGGGGGAGGAGAGAGAGAGAGAGAGAUGGCAGUGGUCGUUAAGUCAACAGCUCCGUCGCCUCCGCCGCCGUCUUUCCCUUCAUCUUCACCGUCUUUCCAAUUCCACCGCAUCUCCGUCGACGUCCCACGACGGCUCGGUCACGGCCUAUGCCCUCCGAUCGCCGUCGCUUGCCCUUCUCCUCCACCGAGAACGCUAGACAAGUCGGCCUUGAAAGUGGCCGAAGCCGCCGCCGCUUCCGAGGACCAGCUCUGGGCCGCCGCCUGUCUAAGAAUCCGAUCCUUCUACGACUUUCAGCCUACUCUCGGCAUCGAAGAUCAUAAGAGAUACUUGGCUGAGCGUGAAUUUGAAGCACUCAAGGAACGUGUCGCUGGGAAGAGGACAGGCUUUAAAAGAGUUUCUUGCAUAAGCGCAACACUUCCAUUGUCACAUGUAGCAAAUGUUUUUGAUGAUUUGUGUUCUGCAUGCAAGUUUGCAGAAAAUGGGGAAGAUCGAGUAGUGGUCGGAACCCUUGAUCUUAAUCAAUGUCCCUGGCUUCCAGAUGAAAUAACUGGAAUGAAGCCACAGGGAAUUGGCGCUGAUUUUGCACGAGCGUAUUUAAGCAAUGUAUGUGUUGCCAAGGAACUACAAAGAAACGGAUUGGGUUGUAUGCUUAUUGCAAAAUCCAAGGAGAUAGCCGAGGAUUGGGGAAUAUCUGAUUUGUACGUCCAUGUCGCCGUCGAUAAUGAACCGGCUAAGAAGCUGUACAUGAAGAGCGGCUUUAUUUAUGAAAGCGAGGAGCCUGCAUGGCAAGCCCGGUUUCUAGACCGACCUCGAAGAAUUCUUCUAUGGACUGAGAUCCCCAACACCCUUGACCUUUGAUGUUAGAAUGCCAAAUGACACCAAUGUGUCAUAUUUGUAGAAAAUCCCGACGGCUUGCAACCGACUGAUACAUAUUUCUUCUAACAUUUGUAAUCCAAAUUGAAAAACAAGCACUCAAACAUCCUGUUGUUUUAUAAAUGUACAUCGUGUUCGUUGA